CGAUCAAUUCAGAGGGAUUGCUCAAUGGCCUGUUAGGUGAACCGUAUCGAUUUUUUUUAGGUUAGCUGUUGUGUUUAACUUCUGCAUUUAUCGGGUGUCCAUCAAAUAUCCCCCUGGAAUUCAGUGCUACCGUGGAUUUGACUUAACAUGGUUAGAAGAAGUGGAAAGUAUCGCCGUAAACUCAACAUCAGGAAAUCAAGUGGAGAUGGACCGGGGGCCGGAAAUGUUUUCAUUUCGUUUUUGCUUCUCAUGACUUUUUCUGUUUUCUAUCUCAUCAGUUACUACAAAACCAAAUCAAAGCCUCGUCCAGUACAAGUGGAUGAAACACCAUUGACAGAAGAGGACAUAACAAAAUAUUAUAAUUUCACACAAUUUAAUAAAACCCAUCCAAGACUUCAUUACAUCCUUUCCCCUCUUAGUGUUUGUGAUGGGUUUAGGACGGAAAACAAUUUCUCUCGUACAUUAAUUAUUGUGAAGUCAUCAGCGGAAAGUUUUCACAUACGAAAAUGGUUCCGAUGGAAUAUAAAACAACAGAAAGACAUAGAUAACAAUUUUAAGAUAGUUUUCCUUCUAGGACAAUCUCCAUCUUCCUCUAUGAGCGAGCUUAUAAAAGAGGAAAGUAAACUACACAACGAUAUGAUUCAGGGAAAUUUUACAGAUAACGGGAAUAUUACCACGUACAAAACUAUCAUGGGGUUUAAUUGGGCUCUCAAGUAUUGCCAAAAUUCUCAGUUUCUCCUUCUCCAAGAAGAAAAUUUUAAAAUAAAUUAUAAAAACGUGAUGACAUUUCUGGAGAAAGAGGAUGACCCGGAGUCUCUAUACGUUGGAAAAUUAAUCCGAAAGGAACAAACAUCUAGUAGUAACCCUGACCACGUCCGAUACAUUCCGAAGGAGGAGUACCCUCUUCCGUUUCUUCCGCCCUAUAUUGCAGGUGGUGCCUAUCUUGUCAGCAUGAACGUUGCCAAAACGCUUGUGUCAAAUUUUGAUUCUGUGAAAAUGGUUCGCGUGGAUGACGUGUUCAUGGGGCUUGUUGCAAUGUUAAGUGACGUCAUUUUAGUUCACUCCAAAAAAGUAACCCUUGAAAAUUGUGCCAAAUUCACAAAGAUGUUAGCAUGCAGGACAUUCACUUCCGCGGAGGAUAUUCUCGGUGCAUGGGAGGAGUCAUUUGAAAUCAAUUUCUGAGAGAGAGAGAGAGAGAGGGAAUGUUCGGCAUUAUUGAGUUAUGUGUAUAUUGACUAUGUCAUUUCCUCAGAUAAACUAUUAUAGGCAUUAUAAAACAUAAGAAUACUUAAUGCAUUUUCUUAUUUUAAAAAUCGAAUCAGUUUUUAAGGAAAACAAGAUGUGUUUCUGAAAAACUAUGCGCCCGGCGGCAAAAAAGUUCUGAAAAAGCUAUUUUUAGCAUAUUGGUCACAGUUAAGGUCACAAGAUCAUUGACCUUGGUGUCAUUUGAAAGAACUUGAUUAGUGGAAUAUGCAUACCAAAUAUGAAGUCUCUACCUCUCAUGGUUCAAAAGUUAUGGCGAAGGUACGAAAAAGCUAUUUUUAGCAUAGAGGUCACAGUCAAGGUCACAAGGUCAUCGACCUUGGUGUCAUUUGAAAGAGUUUCAUUAGUGGAGUAUG